AGGAGAAAGGGUGGUUAGCCGAUUCUUCCAACCCCAGCUACAUAGAAGUUGGGACACAAUCGGACACAGAAUGGCUAUUUGUAACUGGGGUCCUUGGUGACGUAUGGCUGAGCGUUUCCUGGCACAAAUCUUUAUGGACCAGUAAGCAGAGCGAAAUUGAAGCUGACAAGACUUUUUGCAUUUUGGAAAGGACUGUAAUCUACUGUAGUGAAGAACAGAGCCACUCAAUCACUGCUGCUGUAAAUAAGAGACAGAAGGGAGUAAGAAAGAAAGAAGAGAAAAAGAUUUUGCUGGGAGGAGGGGGGAGAAAGCAUUUUUGGUGGAUGGUAUGAAGCCAGCCAUGGAAACUGCAGCGGAGGAAAAUACAGAACAAAGCCAAGAGAAAAAAGUGAUCACCAGACCAGAAAUGGAAAUUGGCAGGUACCACUGGAUGUACAGGAGUUCAAGGCCACACCAGUACCAUCAUGUGCCAGCAUUGAGAGGCAAUAUUAGUCCUUUGGGGAUUCAAGGUUGCUUUGAAUGUUGCAUUAAGUGCCUGGGAGGAGUUCCAUAUGCUUCACUGGUGGCAACCAUUCUCUGCUUUUCUGGGGUAGCAUUGUUUUGUGGCUGUGGUCAUGUGGCUCUCACUGGAACCGUAUCUAUCCUUGAACAACACUUUUCCACAAACUCCAGUGACCAUGCUUUGCUGAGUGAAGUCAUACAGCUAAUGCAGUAUGUAAUCUAUGGCAUUGCAUCAUUUUUUUUCUUAUAUGGAAUAAUCCUUUUGGCGGAAGGUUUUUAUACAACAAGUGCUGUGAAGGAACUGCAUGGUGAGUUCAAAACAACAGCCUGUGGCCGAUGCAUCAGUGGAAUGUUUGUUUUCCUCACAUAUGUGCUUGGAGUGUCCUGGCUUGGGGUCUUUGGCUUUUCUGCUGUGCCUGUCUUUAUGUUCUAUAACAUAUGGUCAACUUGUGAAGUCAUCAAAUCACUCCAGACAAAUAUGACCGCUUCAGGGGACCAGAUCUGCGUGGAUGUCAGGCAAUACGGUAUCAUCCCUUGGAAUGCUGUACCAGGCAGGGCUUGUGGUCCAAUUUUAGAGAACAUCUGCAACACAAAUGAGUUCUACAUGUCCUAUCACCUGUUCAUCGUGGCCUGUGCUGGAGCUGGUGCCACUGUCAUAGCCCUGCUGAUCUACAUGAUGGCUACCACAUAUAACUAUGCUGUUUUGAAGUUUAAGAGUCGGGAAGAUUGCUGCACUAAAUUCUAAAUUGCAUAAGCCCAGUAAAGAGCUGCAUGUGUAGCCUGAAAUACCACUGACACUCUAGACUAAGAGUCUAGCUUUUCAAUUUUGUUACAGUAAUUUGUAAAUAGCUUCAGUAAGCAUCGUUUAGCAUAUCAGAUUAAUAAAAUGACUUAUUGUAUAUGAAUUUUGAUGUGGAUGAGAUCUGGCUAUUUUCUAAACGUUGAGAGGAUUCAGUUACUUUAGUUGUUGCAAAUCAUUCUCUGAAGACAGGAGUUAUUAAAUGAAAGACAUCCUAACAGUUAUCUCUCAAACAAAUUUUUAAAUGGCAGUGAUUAUUAUUUUUCUCUCUCUUGUGCACUAGUUUCAAUAGUAAGAAUAAAGCAUACAUUAUAGAUGGUGUACAAGGGACCAGGUUGAUUAGAAUAGUGCCAGUACAUAGCUGUUUGACUGACAUACAGUACCAUGUGUUUACAAAUGUAUUUUUUUUUAAAAGGCUCCCUAUACAUUUGCCAGUAUUUCCAAUGUAUGGAUGACAGUCACAAGGUACAGCCUAUUAGUGAGGCUUCAGGAAACUCUACAAGAAUUGAAACUUCAAUACUAAAUUUUCAAGUAACUGCCAAAUCAUGCUUUCUCUGGAAAAAGAAAAUACCAUUCUAUAGCGCUGCGUAAAACAAUCACUUUCCUUUUUGGACCCCAAACUGACUGUAAGAAACAGCAUUUAGGUAACUUUUGUGCUGGUACUGUUUAUGAAGUAGUAACUGAUUUCUCAGUAGCCAGAUCUCAAAAUAUAAGUUUGACUGUAUGGGAAGUGAAACUGUGCAUAGACCAACACUGUUGAAAAGGCACAAAAGAAUCAAGGUGUUUUCAGAUGUAGAUUUUUCUUGCAUGAAAUUUGGUGAAAAGAAGAUGGCAAGAGAUUUUUACUGUGCAAACUGAAACAAUUUCUAUAUAUGCUCAAACUUUACCUGAAAGUAGAAAAUGGCAUUUUUAUAACUUUUUUUUUUUUUUU